CGUUUCAAGUUUGGCCGACGGCCUCAGAUACAACUGACAGCGCUUUCAGGUUCAAACAGUUUUCCGUUAGGAGUUUCAGGCUCAGUUGGACUUAUAAUCGGAGUACGCCGAAUAACCGAUUCACUGUUGAAUUUGAACGUUUAAAACUUAUAAUGUAUACCUUGGAGGACUUGACCAGCCUGAAAUACGGCCAGUUGAUUGAAAUUGCCAAAAAAUAUAACGUGUACAAGCCGAGGAGCAAGAAGGUCUACCUGGUCAGUAAGAUAUUCGAAGCUCAAGACGUGAAUAACGAAAGUAAAGAGAAUGACAGUUUUUGCAAAAAUUUGCCAAGUCCAGAGCUCAACGAUGAUAGUCGAAGGGAGACUUUUACAAUCGAUUCUCCAGCCUGCGAAAUGAUUCUGCUGACAGAAAGAAAAUUAAGAAAGAAAAGGCAUCCAAAGAAAACACCUAUGCCAAUACUGAAUGAAAUUACAGAUGAAAUUGUUGGAAAAAAUGUGCCUUUGAGUCCAGAAGUUGGAGGUGACAGUAGACGAGAAACUUACACAAUUGAAUCUAAAGGCUGUAAAAAAAGUCCAGCGGUAGAUAGAAUAGUUAAAAAGAAACAACAGUCUAAGAAAAAGCCAGUAUUAAAGGAAAUCAUAGAAGAUAAUGGAACAUCUUGCAAAAACGAGCUAAGUCAGGAACUUGAGAGUGAUAAUAGAAGAGAGACGUUCACAGUUGAAUCUCCAGGCUGCGCAAAAAGUCUGGUGGUAGAGAAAAAAAUCCAAAAGAAACAACAGCAAAAGAAAAAUGUUAUGCCAGUAUUGGAAGAAAUGCCUAAAGAAAACACAACACUUUGCAAAAAUGAGCCAAGUCUGGAACUUAACAAUGACAACAGAAGGGAGACUUUCAUUAUUGAAUCUUCAGCCAGUGAAACAAGCCUGACGGUUGUGAAAAAUGCAAAAACGAAACACGGGCAACCAAAGAAACAGGCCUGUGAAACAAGCCCAUCAAUUGAGAGAAAAGAAAAAAAGAAACGUAGGCGAAGAAAGAAACAGGAAUUAGGAACAAGUCCUAUUAAACAAACAAAAAAAUCACAUCCCCAGAAGAAAGACACUCUUCCAAUAUUGGACGAAAAUGAAGAAGAUAAAAACAUCAUAUCGAUAGAUUCUGGAAAAAAAUCAGAUUCACCAAAGAGGAGAGGAACAUUUACACUUGAAGUUUCAGCCUCUCCUAAAUCGUUAAAACGAGAAGGCACGUUCAAUUUUUCCCCUCAGGAAAAGGUUGAAACAAUAACUCAGCAAAAGGAUGAAAUGUUAAUAGCCAAACAGGGUGAUGAGAUAACUGUUGAUGAAGAAAAUUGCAAAACCCCAGAACAGCAUGAAACAGAAGAAUUGAAAUCACAGAGUAUUAAAAAACGAUCAUUCAGUAUUAAAGACUUUAAAUCUUUUGUACCGAAAACAGAGCCAGGGAAAGUAGGGAAGAUGAAUGUCUUUGAAAGAUUACACGCCAACAUUUCUCUAAGUGAGCGUCGAUCAAUAAGUGCUAAAACUGUUGAUAAACUCCAAACGCCAAAAUCUGAAAAGAGAGGAGCUCCACUAUCAAAAAAGCUGAUAUUUACUUCAGCGACAACCCCUUUCAAAAACCAGAAUGACAAAAAGAUUCGGUUUUCAACUCCAGUGAAGGAAAGGAAACAGCAACUGGUGGCGUUACGAGAUAAUAAAGUUAAUAAAACACCUCUAGCCAAAAGAUCAGUUUUGAACACACCAGCAAUUACCAAGAGGAUUUCCAAGGCGACCACUCCGGUCAUUAAAAGCCUGAAUACUGGCACUCCUUUCAAAGCCAGGCAGGCGCCCAAUUUUAUGGAAAUCCAUGCGAAGAAGUUUGGAAUGAUGGAAAACAUCAAAGACUUCAAAGAUAGGCAUGCCCAAAGGGGGCUUAUGCUUUUGUCCCCCCCAACUUUCAAACAGAAGUCUGAGAACUCUUUCAGUAUGAAAGCAGGCUCUAAUCUCGAAACAACGAAUGCAAAACCUGCAAGCAAAAAAUCCAUGAUUCCAGUUGCAAAGCCGAGAGCGAAUUUAUACAAAAACCUGGUGGCAAAAGUACCCCCCUCAACGAUGGAAAGGAUUCGAGAAAAAGAAACAAAACUUUUGAAGGGAGUCCGGACAAACAAGCGAUUCCAACUACAAUUAGCUUCUUCCAUUAAAAAUAAAACCUAAGAUGCAAUAAAUGUAAAAAUAUAACAAUAAAUUGUAUAUAUUAUGUGCUAA